AUAUUUAUUAUUAUAAAUCUGCGAGCAAAAAAAUGAUUAUUUAUCUGCAAAACAGAGACUGAAACAAAGCAUAAUAUGAACUAAUCGACUAAACAAUGAAAUUAUUCUUUUCUUCGCCAUGCAAAACAAGACAACCUACAUAUUCCUCAACCUUCCCUUUUCUGUUUCGCCCACUGCUUAAAACUAACCCAGCAAACGUUUCUAUUCAUCAAAAUUUCUCUUGAAACUCAGUCCCUGGGUCCAUUUUGUUAAUGAACACCUCCGAGAGAUUACCCGUUAGCUCCGGCUCUCAACCUCCCGCCAUCAAGCGCCACCAUACCGCCCGCUAUUAUGCCCACCGGGUCCAUGAAAGCCUGACCACCCGUGUCUCCAAGCUUAUAUGUGCCAGUUUCUUGAUCAUUCUUUUCGUUGCUGGCAUUGUUGCUUUUAUUUUAUGGCUCAGUUUGCGCCCACAUCGCCCCCGGAUCCACAUCCAUAAUUUUUCGGUUCCGGCUUUGGGUCAAGGAAACGGGUUUGACAAUGCUCAGAUAAUCUUCAAUGUAUCGGCCCGGAAUUCUAACCAGCAUAUCGGAUUUUAUUAUGGUAAAGUAGAGGGAUCGGUUUAUUAUAAGGAUCAAAUGAUCGGGUACACGCCGUUAUUGGACCCGUUCUAUCAAGAGCCCAAGAACACCACAGUUAUGACCGGGGUUUUAGGUGGGGCCACCUUAAAUUUGAAUAGCCAACGUUGGAAUGAGUUCCUGAAUGAUCGGUCGCAAGGGACGGUGAUCUUUCGUUUAGAUAUAACAUCAACCAUUGAAUUUAAAGUGUCCACGUGGCAUAGUAAAAAUCAUCGGAUGCAUGCCAAUUGUAAUGUAGGGGUGGGCCCGGAUGGAUCCAUCUUGGCAUUGUACCGGGACAAGAGGUGUCCCGUUUAUUUCACUUGAUUUGUGUUUAGUUUGAUGUUUUCAGCCACAUGAGAUUGAUGCAUUUUCCUUUUCCUUUUUUUAUUUUUUAUUUUUUUUAUGUUCUUCACAAUUCCAUUUUAUUACUUCAGAUGUAAUUAAUCUGAACUAAUUUCUUUAUCAAUUUGGAAGGUGUUUAAUAAUAAUCCGUUAAUUUUAAUAUA